CAUUAGAAUAAACAUUAUAUUUCUCCCACUUGUAUUAUAAACCUCUUACCUCCACAUGAUCUUCCAUUCAUCUCCUCUUUUAAUUUUAGUCUAGUUGGAAAGUGACUAUCCCCAACUAUUUAUAUAUAUAUACAAUCAUAUACAACCAAAAAAAUUAACAAUACUCGUCGAUCUCUCUGAAAAUAUUAAUCUUAAAAACUACGUCGUUUUACGAUACAUAUGCCGAUUCUUCACAGAAUCAACACCACCACCACCACCACCAUGGCCGCAACCCCAGCUUCUACGGGUUCAACUAUAUCCUCCUCCACCGCUUCACCCUGUCAAAAACGCUGGUCAGUCCCGGUACCGGUACCUGACACGGUGUCAAAGCACCACACACAUAUUAUAUGCCCUAACCAGUGCUCCUCCGCAGUCGUCCAACACAUCUCCGCUCCCGUAUCCACCGUCUGGUCCGUCGUCAGACGGUUUGAUAAUCCGCAAGCCUACAAGCACUUCGUUAAAAGCUGCCACGUCAUCAAUGGAGACGGCGACGUCGGCUCUCUCCGUGAAGUCCACGUCAUAUCCGGACUCCCGGCAGCUAACAGCACGGAGCGGUUAGAGAUUCUUGAUGAGGAGAGACACGUAAUCAGCUUCAGCGUUGUAGGUGGGGACCACCGGCUUUCGAACUAUAAAUCGGUGACUACUCUCCAUCCUUCUGCGGCCGGAAACGGCACCGUCGUGGUGGAGUCUUACGUGGUGGAUGUUCCAGCUGGCAACACGAAGGAGGACACGUGUGAUUUCGUGGACACUAUCGUUCGGUGCAACCUGCAGUCACUGGCUCGGAUCGCUGAAAACUUGGCUAGACGGAGCAAGUCAGCUUGUUUGUGAGUGAUACUAUAAAUUUUGUUACUGUUGAAAAUAGAUGUGGUGAUACGGCGUCGUUUUUGUGAGUUUUUGCCAAUGAAGUAACUUAAACAGAUUUAGUUAGUUGGUGUUUUUUUUUUCUUGUAAAAAAUAUCUGUUCUGCUUGUAUUUUUUAAUUUGAUUUUCCAUUAAUGAAUAUGAAUUUGAGAAAUAAAAAGUGAAUAGUGACAGAUAGUUCAUUAUCUGUUAUUUUUUUAUUCA